GCGAACUGUCACUGUUGACAUAAAACUUAUUGAAGGUUAAUUAAUUUUUAAACGAAAUUUUAUCAUUUUCUUAGAUAAUUGUGGCUGAUAAAUAAUGGGAAAAUCAACGGCAAUAACAAAUGCAUGCUUCGUGAAACGAAAAAGUUGAUAAAGUUUUUUAUAAAAGUUACAUGAAAAUGCAGGCAAAACGAAGAUAUUUGUUGGUGUUUACAUGCUGUGCUUUUCUAGCGUUUUGGUAUUUUGGCGGAUAUCGUUUGCAGCGUGUCCCGGAGCUUCCCUCACCAAAAGAAAUCCUCUCUGAGUUUGUCAAUCUAAACACUAUACAGACAGGAUAUUUAGUGGGUGCCAGAGAAAGAACUCAUUUACCAAUUAACAAUAAAAUAAGAUGUAGAAUGGAGACAUGUUUUGAUUUUACAAAAUGUGAGAAAGAGUUUACUGUUUAUGUAUAUCCACAAGAAGAAAGUAGAGUGCCUAGUCCGUCCUACCAAAAAUUACUAAACGUUGUAAUGGAAUCAAGAUAUUACACUACUGAUCCCCAGAAAGCUUGUUUAUUUAUUUUAAGUACUGAUACAUUAGAUAGGGACCGCCUAAGUAAUGAUUAUGUUAGAAACAUGCAAACAAGACUACAGCGGUUACCACACUGGAACAACGGCCUUAACCAUGUUAUUUUUAAUUUGUACUCAGGAACCUGGCCAAAUUACACUGAAAACGAUCUCGAUUUCGAUUUUGGCAAAGCCAUUCUAGCCAAAGCCAGCAUGUCGGAAAACCACAUCAGGCCAGGUUUCGACAUCAGCAUACCUUUAUUCCACAAAACCCACUCAGAAAAGGGCGGCGACCCUGGUUCAGUCCUCUCCAACAAUUUUCCCCUGGAGAAAACCUACUUGCUUGCCUUCAAGGGCAAGAGGUAUGUCCAUGGUAUUGGCUCUGACACUAGAAACUCCCUGUACCAUUUACACAACCAAAAGGACAUGAUAAUGGUGACAACAUGCAAGCAUGGCAAAAGUUGGAAGGAGAUGAAAGAUGACAGGUGUGAUGAGGACAACAGAGAGUAUGACAAGUACGAUUAUGAGACGCUUUUGCAAAAUUCGACGUUUUGCCUGGUGCCGCGAGGACGACGCUUGGGUUCGUUUAGAUUCCUCGAAGCAUUGCAAGCGGGUUGCAUCCCGGUUUUGCUGUCGAACAGCUGGGCGCUGCCGUUUUCGGAGGUUAUCGAUUGGAACAAGGCGGUGGUGUGGGCGGACGAGAGGUUGCUGCUGCAGGUGCCGCACGUUGUGCGCUCGUUGCCUGCCAGUAAAAUUCUGCAGCUGCGGCAGCAGACGCAAGUGCUUUGGGACCGUUAUUUUUCUUCUAUUGAGAAAAUAGUUUGCACCACGUUGGAGAUAAUUCGCGAGCGGUUGCCUAAGCAGCCGGUGCGCGACGGCCUGGUUUGGAACAAUUUUCCCGGUGCGUUAGUGACGUUGUCCACGUUCUCCGACGCGAAGGAGGAUUUUCCGUUUCACGUAGAGGAGAACGCGAACGACGGCUUCACCGCGGUCAUAUAUUGCCAGUUGGGGAUACCGUUGACAAACGUGUCUCCAUUGUAUAAAUUAGUUAAUUACGUAGGAAGAAGUAAGUAUUUAGCGAAGAUAGUGAUAGUUUGGUCGAAUGAAAAGAAGCCGCCGAGUAGGUACAGAUGGCCGGGGUUAGCGCCGCAUGUUCCUUUGCACAUCGUGCAGCCCGGCUUUAGCAAAGAAGGUACUGAACAAUUGAAGUCGAGCAUCUCCCAAAGAUUUUACCCUCAUCCAGAAAUAAAUACAACUGCCGUUCUUUCCCUAGAUGAAGAUUCAGUAUUGACAACUGACGAAGUAGAUUUUGCAUUUGUAGUUUGGAAGCAAUUCCCCGAGAGAAUCGUUGGCUAUCCCGCGCGGUCCCACUACUGGGACGAUUCCAAGUCCACGUGGGGUUAUACGUCGAAAUGGACCAAUGAUUAUUCAAUAGUGUUAACAGGAGCCGCGUUUUACCACAGAUACUACAACUAUUUAUACACCGACUGGCUGAGCCCGUUGCUACACAAAACUGUCGAACAGAGCCAAAACUGCGAGGACAUUUUGAUGAAUUUUUUGGUGAGCCACGUGACCCGCCGGCCGCCCAUCAAAGUGACGCAAAGAAAACAGUACAAAGAACAGCCCAGUGCGGGGAGCUGGUCCCCCUGGAAUGACCCCGAUCAUUUCAUCCAGAGACAGACUUGUUUGAACACGUUCGCUGCCGUUUUCGGUUACAUGCCAUUAAUAAGGUCCAAUCUUAGAUUAGACCCAGUGCUUUUCAAAGACCCGGUCUCGAAUAGGCGGAAAAAGUAUCGCAGAAUUGAACUGGUGGGCAGUUAGUAUUUCAUUUAAGUCAAUAUUACCGAAAUCAUAAUAACUACUGGCAAUACCUAUAGGUAUACCUACCUACGUACCAAAUAAAUAAUUUUCAAUUCUUUUAUAUGGAUAUAUUUUUGUAUAUAUUAUAUACAGUGAUAUUUGAUUUUGUUGAACCAAUAUUUUAUAGUACUUUUAUCUAAUUUGACCAAUUAUUUAUUUGGUAACAAAUUUCUGUAACAAGCCAUAAUAACUACAAGUUCGUCAAUAACUACCUGUGUUUGUCUAUAUUUAAUUUUAUACAUUUAUAACAUUGUUAUUUUAGCAUAUCAAUUUUUAUUAUACAAAAUCAAGUGAAGCUUUAAACCAUAUCUUUUUUGCAUUUUACAAAUGAAACUCUUUUUUACCGCUAUUAUGUAACAUGAAAUUAUUAGAAAUUGUCAAUAAAAACCUUUUUUAUAUUA